ACUAGGAGCAGCUCGCCUGCUAUUGCCCCUCAUCCCCUAAAAAUGUAUGCCUGCGCCAAAUUUGUCUCCACCCCUUCCCUGGUCAGGAGCACCUCCCAGCUGCUGAGCCGACCACUGUAUGUGUUGGUGCAGAAAUGGCCCGAGAUACUGACAGACGAGCGAUUCAGCAGCUUGACAGCCCUACGUUACCAGACCUCACUUAUCCCUAGUCCCAGCUUCCAAACCAGCACCGUCUCAAGGGACAUUGACACAGCCGCCAAGUUCAUUGGGGCCGGGGCUGCCACAGUUGGAGUGGCCGGCUCUGGAGCUGGCACUGGCACUGUGUUUGGGAGUCUCGUCAUUGGUUAUGCCAGGAACCCUUCUCUGAAGCAGCAGCUCUUCUCCUACGCCAUCCUGGGCUUUGCCCUCUCAGAGGCCAUGGGGUUUUUCUGCUUGAUGGUGGCCUUCCUCAUCCUCUUCGCCAUGUGA